AUGUCUAAUGAGCGAACGCCGCUUAUCACCAAUGUCUACAUUGGUGAUACGCGCCGCAGGUACCCGAACCAUGUCCUACGCCGCUUCUGCACCGUUGCGCUCUCGUCCAUCCUCGUCUUUUGGUCCAUUUUCUUCGUAGUUGCGCUCUUCAUAGACGAGCCUCCUCGUCACCAUGGCCACCACCACCACGGCUGGUCCUGGACGAACAGCGUCAAUAGCGCCCCCAUUACCCACGAGGAAGUGCAAAAGAUCCUCUUUGAAGUCCCCUCGUCUGAGAAGGCCGAGGAAUGGAGCAGAUAUUACACUGCUGGUCCCCAUCUGGCGGGUCAAAACUACUCUCAGGCUUUGUGGACCAAACAAAAGUGGGAUUCCUGGGGCGUGCAAUCGGAGAUCGUGUCAUACGACGUCUACCUGAAUUACCCCAUCGAUCACAGUCUCUCCCUGCUCUCAAAGACCAAGGAGGACGAAGAGUCUACCUGGACGGUAGAGUUCAAGGCUGCUCUUGAGGAGGAUGUCCUCGAUGAAGACCCCUCUUCGGGCUUGGAGGACCGGGUGCCGACUUUCCACGGCUACUCUGCCAGCGGCAAUGUCACAGGAUCUUUCGUCUUUGUCAACUACGGCACGUACCAGGACUACGAAGACCUCAUCAAGGCCAACGUCAGCCUCGAGGGCAAAAUCGUCAUCGCCAAGUACGGCGGCAUCUUCCGUGGCCUGAAGAUCAAGCGCGCUCAGGAGCUAGGCGCCAUUGGCGCUCUUCUCUACAGCGACCCUGGCGAUGACGGCAAGGUGACCGAGGAGAAUGGAUAUGAGGCUUACCCCAACGGCCCUGCCCGUCACCCGAGCGCUGUUCAGCGCGGGAGCGCCCAGUUCCUCUCCCAGCGCCCCGGUGACCCAUCCACCCCCGGCUAUCCCUCCAAGCCCGGCGUGCCUCGUGCUCCCGUCGACGACGCGACGCCGUCUAUCCCAUCUAUCCCUAUCUCUUACGCUGAUGCCCUUCCUAUUCUGAAGGCUCUCAACGGCCACGGUCCCUCCGUCAAGGAUUUCAACAAGUACUGGAACAGGAACCUCGGACUCAAGUACAAGGGUGUCGAGUACAACAUCGGCCCGACUCCCGACAACGUGGUACUGAACCUCUAUAAUGAGCAAAACUACACCACCACGCCUUUGUGGAACGUUAUCGGCAUCGUCAACGGUACCAUUCCCAACGAGGUCGUUGUCGUCGGCAACCACCGCGAUGCAUGGAUUGCUGGUGGCGCUGGUGACCCCAACAGUGGCUCCGCCGUCCUGAACGAGGUUAUUCGCGGCGUCGGCGUCGCCAUCGCUAGCGGCUGGAAGCCCACUCGCACUAUUGUCUUCGCCAGCUGGGACGGCGAAGAGUACUCCCUGAUCGGCAGCACCGAGUGGGUGGAGGAGUACCUACCCUGGCUCUCCGAGGCCUCGGUCGCCUACAUCAACGUCGAUGUCGGUGUCCGCGGCCCCAACUUCAACCCCUCCGCCGCGCCUCUUCUCCACCGCGUCCUCCGCGAGGUCACCCAGCUGGUCCCCUCGCCGAACCAGACCGUGCCAGGCCAGACGGUCAGCGACGUUUGGGACGGCACCAUCAGAACCAUGGGCUCCGGCUCCGACUUCACCGCCUUCCAGGACUUUGCGGGCAUCCCCUCGCUCGACUUUGGCUUCGGCGGCGAGAACGAAGACGUCGUCUACCAGUACCACUCCAACUACGACUCCUUCCACUGGAUGAAGGAGUUUGGCGACCCGGGCUUCAUCUACCACCGCACAAUGGCCCAGAUCCUCGGCCUCGUCGUCGCAGAGCUCACCAACGUGCCCGUGAUCCGCUUCAACGCCACCGACUACGCAGACGCGCUCACUGGCUACGUCGACCAGGUCGAGGCCAAGCUCACGGCCACCGCCGAGCACGCCUCGGACGAGGAGGAGCUUUUCCGGAUACGCGCCGCCGUGGCCGUAGCCGACGCUGACGCCAAGGGAUCCCUCUCGCAGUUCCGUACGUCGCUGCAGAUCCUCCGCACAUCCAUCGCUGCUCUGCGUGAGAAGACGGUGAAGCUCGAUGCCACGGCCGGCUUCGUUGACUGGGAGCUCAAGUACGGCGAUAUCCCCUGGUGGAACCUAUACCGCAAGGUCAAGCUCGCCUUGGCCUUUGUCUGGGUCAAUAGGUCCUACAAGGGCUUUGAGCGCAACUUUUUGUACCCUGGCGGCCUGGACGGUCGCUCUUGGUUCAAGCAUGUCGUCUUCGCGCCUGGUCUGUGGACCGGAUACUCUGGAGCCGUCUUCCCUGGUCUGCAGGAAAGCAUCGAAGCCAAGGACUUCAACAACGCACUCAAGUGGACUGGCAUUAUCAACGAGUGUAUUGCCUCUGCCACCAAGAGUCUUUGA